AUGUCAUCAGGAUAUGAUGAUUGGAAACACGCUGCAAGAGACUUAGCUCGCCAUGAAACAAGUGAAACCCACAUUCAAUCAAUUGAAACCCUUUUAACACGUAGGAAAGCUGGAGAGCACAUUAGUAAGAGGCUCACAGAGCAAUUUGAAUCAGAGAAAAAGUACUGGAAUGACAUACUGUUGCGUAUUCUUACCAAAAGAGCGAACAAAGGCCGAAGUCAUGUGUUAUAUCUGUCAUCAACUAUAUGUGAUGAAUUUAUUCAUGUGUUAAGUCGUGACGUUUUGGACCACAUUUUAACUGAAAUUAAAAAAGCAAAAUACUUUGCAGUUAGUGUUGACUCAACACCAGAUAUUUCACAUGUAGAUCAGCUUAACAUUAUAUUCCGUUACAUUACUUCUAAAGGACCAGUUGAACGUUUUGUGACAUUUAUCCCUACAGAAGAGCACACUGGGGAAGGAUUAGCAACAAAGUUACUUGAUUCCACCUCUCGUUGGAAUCGUUUGAUGGCAGUUUUAAAGCCACUUAAUAUGCCUACCUUAAAAAGGUUAUCUGAUACCAGAUGGUCAGUACAUUAUGAUGCUGUACACUCCCUCCAGGUUGGCUAUACGCAAGUGAAGUCUACACUGGAUAUCAUGUGUCAAAAUAUGUCUCAAAAACCAGAAACACGACUUGAAGCCGCAGGAUUGAAAGAUAUAAUGAGUCAUCAUGAAACAGGUAUCCUAGUUCAAUUGUGGUCAAAAACUCUGAAUAGGUUCAAUUUAACUAGCAAGUACUUACAAGGGACAGACAUGGAUCUCAACACCGCUACGGAACUGCUUCGUUCUUUGGGUGAUUUUGUUCAUUCUCUUCGGAGCCAGUUCACAGCACUUGAAAAAGAAGAAAAGGAUCUGGGUACCGAUUCGUACAAAGGUAAAUCAAGGCGAAAGCGCAAGAGGAACCAGAGAUGGGAUUAUGGUGACUCAGAAGAUCUAGAGUUAUCCCCUUCUGAUAAGUUUAAAGUUCAGUGUUUUUUGCCUAUAGUUGAUCAAUUGUUAGUUGCUCUUAAACAGAGGGCUAAUGCAUAUGAUACAGUCAGCAAAAGGUUUGGUUUUCUUAAAAAUCUACAAUCUUUGUCCAAUGAUGGUAUGAGAGAUCAUGUUUUAUUUGUAUGUGAAACAUAUUUUGAAGAUGUUGAUCCUAACUGUCAUGGUGAAUUUAUUCACUUCAAUUCUCUGUUUGCCAAAUUGUCACCGCCCAAUGAAACUGAUUGUGUUGAACUGCAAAUGUACUAG